AUGAUAACCAACUCUACGCUAAUCCUUCUUGUCAUCACGAAUUCCCCACCGAAACUUGGAAACUAUAGACAUCUCAUGUGUUAUUUCUCAAUGAUAUCAAUACUACUCGCCAUCUUUGAUUUCCUGGUUCAAGCGUACAUCGUGAGUGAUGCCAGUUUCAUUAUAGUGAUGGAUCUAGAAAACAGUGUAUUCGAAAAUCAUCCGACCAUUGCUCAUGUGGUACUCGGAUGCGUGACUGCACUGUUUGAAGCAGCCAUCUUUGUGAUUUCUAUCAGUUUUGUCUUCAGAUAUUUUGCACUUCAGAGGUAG